GUAAUGAUAAUUUGUGCCGUUCGCUGUUUUGUAAUGAUAAAUUGUGCCGUCCGCUGUUAUGUAAUGAUAAAUUGUGCCGUCUUAUGUUAUGUAAUGAUAAAUUGUGCCGUCCGAUGUUAUGUCAUGAUAAAUUGUGCCGCCUGAUGUUAU